AUGCCAUUCAGCUGGCGCCGGCCAUUCAGCGGCAGGGACCACAACGUCCCUGACGCCGAACGCAGCGCAUCGCUGGAUAGAGUCGAUAGUGCCGAAGUGACGGAUGGCAGCCUCAAAUACACGCUUGAGAAGGGCGGUAAUGACUCCAAGCCCUCGUACCAAGAGGCCUCGGGGGCACCGGUUGAGAGCGUCUCGCCCUUGGGGUACUCGGUCGGGCCCGUCACCAUUAUCUUUCUCAAUGUUAGCAAGAUGAUUGGCACCGGGGUGUACUCGACGCCCUCGAGCAUUCUCAGGGGUACCGGCUCAGUCGGGUUAUCCAUGAUCUAUUGGGCGAUUGGCUUCUUGACGUCGAUUGCGAGCUUGUCUGUGUACCUUGAGUAUGCAGCCUACUUUCCAAACAGGUCCGGGUCCGAGGUCGUAUACCUCGAGCAGGCGUACCCACGACCGAAGUGGUUGAUUCCGACGGCUUUCGCGUUUCAGUCGGUUGCGCUGUCCUUCAGCAGCGGAAAUGCUAUUGUGCUGGCUCAAUAUCUAUUUCGCAUCAAUGGCCACGAUCCAUCCAACUGGGAGCUCAAGGGCGUCGCGGUAGCCGGAUAUACUGUCGCCUUCCUGUUCGUCGUCUUUCACACUCGAUUCUCAUACUGGUUCUCCAACGGCAUUGGCAUCGUCAAGGUGUUGACGCUAGUCUUCAUCUCCAUUGCCGGUCUCGUCGUGCUCGGGGGCAACGUUUCGCGCGUGCCCAACCCCCGAGCUAACUUCAUUGACGCAUUUGAGGGUCGGGCAACCCCCUAUGGUUUGACCAAUGCGCUGUACAAGAUUGUCUUUUCUUAUGCUGGAUACGAGAACGCCUUCAAUGUUGUCAACGAAGUCAGGAAUCCCAUCAAGCAGCUUCGACGCAACGGUUUCCUCGCCCUCGCCAUUGUAGCCAUCCUCUACAUUCUCGCAAACAUCGCCUACUUCUCGGCCAUCCCAAAGGCCGAGCUUAUCCAGGCGCGAGAGAUCGCCGCAUCGCUCUUCUUCGCUAAUGUCUUUGGAUCCAGCAACGCCGUGCGCGGCCUUAACUUCCUCAUUGCCCUUAGCUCCUUUGGUAAUCUCAUUGCCGUUCUGCUCGGCACCUCGCGGCUGAUCCGUGAAUGUGGCCGGCAAGGCAUCCUCCCCUUUCCACGCUUCUGGGCGUCCACCCGGCCCUUCGGCACGCCCCUCGGCCCAUACUUCGUCAAGUGGUUCCUGACCGUCAUAAUGAUCUUGGCUCCUCCGGCCGGCGAUGCCUUCAAUUUCAUCACCGAUCUCAAGGUAUAUCCCGACGCAUUCUUCAGCGUGCUCUUGGCCAUGGGGCUGUAUGUCCUUCGCUACCGCCGACGCCGCCUCGGCCUCCCCGCGGCUGACUUCCGGGUCUGGAAUGUGAUGCUCGUGUUCAACAUCCUCGUGCAGGUCUACCUGUUGGUUAUGCCGUGGUAUCCGCCAGAGGGCGGAGUGUUUGCCGGCGACGUGAGCUUUUGGUAUGCGACGUAUGUUGUCACCGGCAUUGGCGUUCUCAUUGGCUGCGCUGUCUACUACUACCUUUACAUCCACGUCAUUCCCAGGCUUCGCGGAUACCGCUUCAGGCAGGGAAUUGCCACCUUUGAAGACGGCGCACAAAGCCAUAAGCUUGUCAAGGUUCCGGUGGCCGAGGUUGAGCAGUGGGAUGCUACACACGAUGCUGUCGGCCGGCCGCUGGGGGAUAACCGAACGGUAAAGUCAGAGGCGGGCUGGAACGGUCAAGGUGGUGCUGAAAAGGUGGGAUCUGUUGUUGUGAGUGAUCGGGAUAAGUGA